CGUGCCCGCACAAAGUCCACUAAAAUCCGCACAUUUUCAGAAUUUUUUUUCGUUUUGUCAAUCCGUUCUUCAUCGCCCAACGCUCAACUAACUCACCAGCGUCGUCCUCGCCAACCACCGACAAAAUGGUCAAAGUCAGCACCAACGUUUCGUCUUCUCGACGCAAGAGCCGUGCCGCUCACUUCAAGGCUCCCUCUGACCAGCGCCGUGUCAUCAUGAGCGCUCCCCUCUCCAAGGAGCUCCGUGAGAAGUACAACGUCCGCUCUAUCCCCAUCCGAAAGGACGACGAGGUCACCAUUGUCCGUGGCUCCAACAAGGGCCGUGAGGGCAAGAUCACCUCCGUGUACCGUCUCAAGUACGUUGUCCACAUCGAGCGUAUCACCCGCGACAAGGCCAACGGCCAGUCCGUUCCUCUGGGCAUCCACCCCUCCAACGUUGUCAUCACCAAGCUCAAGCUUGACAAGGACCGUGAGGACAUCCUGGCCCGCUCCAAGGUUGGCCGUGAGCUCGCUGCCAACAACAAGGUCACCGCUUAAGCGAUGAACUUUGUCGAGCAAUAACAAAAACCAAACCACCAAAACUUUCAAGACGACAUGAUCAAACCUCUCCUACCUGGCGAGGACGAAUCUUUGUUUCUUUUUUCACCACUCACAGAAUCACGACAUGAAUGUGAGCAACUCAAAGGGCAAAAGUUGAUGAGGAAAUGGGCAUUUUACUCCGGCGUUCUAACGAUACCUACGUGCUUUUCCUUCUGACCGCACGGUACCUGGUCUACAGCAGGGUAGAUGAAUUGAGAAUUUUUAGGGUUCUCAAUGGCCAUUUCACUCAACUGGUGAAAUGCUCCAUGGGAGGUUUAUCCCGAAGUCUUGACCUGCUCUCCCCACAUGCACAUUCGCGAGUACCCUCGUGAUGUUAUGUCGGACAGGUGGCUGACCCAUCUGUCCUCUCGUAGGAUGCUAACACAAAUACCAUCAGACGCAUUCAAUUCAAUGUCUGUCUGCCGUAGACUUCAGUCGCACUCGGGUGCGCCUCUGCACGGUAAGUCGUAGACUUCACUUUGUCCACCGCUAGGAUAUCUCCGCGUCAACCACUUAGAUCCAUGGUUUUCGAGGUAUACGUCUAGCGAAGAGUAAACCCGACAGGACCCAACUACUAUCAUGGGGUCCUGUUCUCCCUAGAAGAUUUUCACCGAGUUGCCAAUGAGGCUGGAAAUUUGAAGGUGAGGUACAUUCUUUCAGCCUAAAGGUAGUUUUCCUAGUAUUAUGCAAUCAAACAUGAUUCUCUUCUCAUUCACAUAUAUCUUUGUCAUUCAGUUGUCCCGGCGGGUCGUACUUGGCCACCAGUCCUAGGUGUUUGGGGAAUAAACGGGACGCUUUUUGGUGGUGAGCACACACAAGAAUUCCUGAUUAUUUUCCCGAUCCGAAGCGCAGUUGUCGAGCUUACUGGGAGGUGUUCCAGCGGGGAGGUUGGGGAAUAAGAAACGACGAUGAAAUUGGUGGAUCGUCAGCGAAUUUUGGUGUAAGUCAAACCGGUCAAGGCUGUAUAUCUCCUCUGAGGGGUUUCUUUCACCGAACCAGUGCAGGAAGAGUCUAAUAGCAAGCAAAUAUUUGUGAGCAAACGUAUCUAACAUAAGAGUACUAUGAAUAUAAUCCAUGCCC